GGCCUGUGUUACCCGCCGCCCUCAGCCCCUCUCUGUCUCUCUGUCUCUCUCAGUGUUUCUGUCGCGGGCGAUGCUGUGAGGACUCGGCGCCGUGUGGCCGAGGGCGGAGCGGACGGCGGCACUUCAUGUCAACCAGUUUCAGUGGCAGUGCAGCAAUGACGUGAGAUGUUUUGAAAUAUGACCGUAUUCAUGACACUAACAAAGCGACAGAGGGCAUUGACUCUAAUGGCCAGCUCUGGAGAUCAAAUGGUCUUCUGAAGAAGUCAUGGGUAGCUGCUGUAGCUGUCCAGAUAAAGACACAAUCCCAGAUGACCAUCAAACAAAAUUUAAGGUAAUUAAUGUGGAUGAUGAUGGUAAUGAGCUGGGUUCUGGCAUAAUGGAACUUACAGAUACGGAACUGAUUUUACACACGAGAAAGAGAGAUGAGGUAAAAUGGCCCUACCUCUGCCUGCGUCGCUAUGGUUAUGAUUCUAACCUUUUCUCUUUUGAAAGUGGUCGGCGAUGUCAAACUGGACAAGGGAUCUUUGCUUUCAAGUGUGCUCGAGCAGAAGAGAUAUUCAACCUGUUACAGGAUAUCAUGCAGUGUAACAGUAUAAGUGUUGUAGAGGAGCCAGUUGUGGAAAGACACGACCAUCAUAAUGAGUUGGAUGUUCCCAGGACUCCACAGACACCUCCCACUCCAGGUUUGGUUCAACCAAUUUUACCAAAUGGAUAUCCUAGAUACCCAUCAUUUGGAGAUGGAUCGUCUCAUCCUUCAACAAGACAUCCAUCUGUCGGCAGUGCACGCCUGCCCUCAGUGGAUGAAGAAUCAACACAUCCUCUAAUUGUAUCAGAGGAACAAGUCCAUACAUACGUCAAUACUUCUGGUGUGCAUGAAGAAUUGAAGAAUCGAUCCAGUGCACAGACAUCGAUAGAACUCAGACCUUUAAACGGUGAUGUCAACAAGGCACGAGGGAAUCACUGCUGCUCCAUGGAAGAUCGAAAUCCCCAGGUUGUCUUUGAACCUGAAGGAAUUAAAUUUGUCUUGGGACCAACACCCGUUCAAAGGCAGUUAUUGGAAAGGGAGAGUGAGGAGACCAAUGGAAGUGAGCAGCCAUGUGCUGGCAACGGCACCAAUUGCACUGAUUGGGACACUGGCUACGACAGUGAUGAGCGAAAGGAGGCACCUCCUAAUAAUAAACUUGUGUAUGAAAAUUUUAACGGUCUGUCGGUCCCACCUACCAUUGGAGGCAGACGAGGUAGAUUAAAAUCAAAUAGCGUUUCAGACCCUCAGAAUAUCAACAAUUCUGCUCAAAGGAGGACUGCACUCUUAAAUUAUGAAAACCUGCCUUCUUUGCCUCCAGUGUGGGAAGUCCGCAAACAAAGCAGAGAUGAAGAAGAUAGCUUGGGACCAAAGACGCCUUCUCAGAAUGGUUAUCAUACAAAUCUUGAUCAAAUGCAUAAUUAUGUCAAUACAGAGAAUGUUACUGUUCAGCCUAACGUACACAAAGUUGAAUUUGUACGGCAACGGGAUUGCUCCCCAACUGUUUUUAAUUUUGAUGUUAGGCGACCAAGUCUAGAACAUAGACAGCUGAACUACAUCCAAGUUGACUUGGAAGGUGGUAGUGAUUCUGAUAACCCACAGACUCCAAAAACGCCAACAACUCCACUUCCACAGACUCCGACAAGGCGAACAGAUUUAUAUGCUAUGAUAGACAUAGAAAAGACUGCUGCUAUGUCAAACUUGCAGAAAGCACUGCCAAGAGAUGAUGGAACAGCAAGAAAAACACGACAUAAUAGUACUGACCUGCCAAUGUGAGCUUAGGAAGCACUAUUUUGUUUCAGUUGCACCUUUGUUAAAUUGAUAAAUGAAGAGACAAGGAUUGAUCUCUUUUUCUAAAAACCUAACAGCUGUUAUAAACUGAAAUAAGGAUACGUUAUAGGAUUAUUGUAUUUUGAGCCUUAUGUGCUUAUUUCCGUUCAAAGGGAAUUCAUAUAGAGCAGGAACUCCAUAAGAGCACCCUUUUAUUUUAUCAUUCUGUAGUUAAAAUUUAGAUUUUAGGACAUGGUCGGUCACUUUUACAGUGCUAAUUCCAUUCAGUUUAAUUGGAGAUAUCUUCCGCUCUCACUAGAACAUUGAUAUUGAUGGCCUUAAGCGCAUCAGCUGAAUUUAAUUUUAUGCUGACUUUUCCAGCAUUUCUUAUGGAUCUUUAUUGUAUGUAUACACUUUGCAGGCAAGUGACCUACCUAACUAAAUAUAGUUUCUAUAGCGGUACGUAUAUUUGUUUCAUUAUCUUUAAUUGAUACUGGUAUCCAUUUUGCACUUACACUGAGAAUUUACCAAACAAGGUCCAAGUAAAAUGUGUAUUGAUAGUUUUCAUCAAAGUAUGGUAAUCAAGUUACCGAAGGUAUUAUACAUAUUAUCCUGAAUGUCACAGUAAUUCUGAAUGCUAGCAUGGCACCAAGGUUAAACCCUUGUGUCAUUUGGUCACUAGGUUUCUAAAUGCUUUCCAGACGAGAGUUGACUUUGUUUUACCAGUUUCAUUUAGGGCUUAUUUGCUUACAUUCUUAAAAUGAAAGUGCAGUUUUCUAACUAAACCCGUAUGUGUACUUUUGAUACCAUUAGUGACUGGUCCUUUUAAAUAUAUGGUAAGUGUCAUGGUCCAACUCAGUAAUUACAAAGUAAACCCAUACAAACAUUACAUUCACCAACUACCAUAAUAUAAAAAUUACACUAAGCUUAAAAACCCACAUCUACUGUUUCUUGACUUCUCUUUGUAUUGUACAAAACUGUAAAAUGCUCUAACUUACAUUAUAAAGUGAUAGUUUUUCUUCCUGCAUAUAGUGAUUGUAUAAAAGUAGUAAAAUAGUUUAAAAUUAUUUUUUACAUAGGACACAGAACGGUAGUAAACUCAAAGAGAGGGGACACACCCUUACUUAAUUUUGUUGUAAAAUUAUUUUUGGAUAUUUUACCCCCUUUGAUGUUUUGACUUGCAAACAUUCCAUGCAUUUGAUGUUUUCUUGCAUUGCUCUUUGAUGUUACAGGGUACAAAGUGUACUCUUUGCAGAAAAUUAGUGUAGAAAUUGCCAUAUUUUUGGCUUGCAUUUCAGGUACUGAUGUAGUUUGCCAAAAUUGUCAUUUGAAGGUAUACCUGUGUGUUGUAGGAUGUAUUAGGUUGUCAAAUGUCAAAAGUGCCAAUAUCAUAAUACAUUUUUUUGUAGCAUGGAAAUGUUGAGAUUUUUACAUACAUUUUUAAUUGAUGCUACAUAGGUACCUGGUUUACAAGAGUCCUCUAGUUUUGAAGUAAAACCAAAUUUUUACACAAAUCACUGUUUGCGCAUUUGGCAGCUGCCAGAGAAGGCGACACGUUUUAUAGCUCUCGACAUUCCCUGUGGAAUAAGCUGCAUCAUGAGAAAUGAGCAAUGUACCUAGCAUUGUAUAAUUAAUAAUAAACUUUUUUUGUUUAAUAACAAA